GUGUAUCCACAUUUUUAUGACAUUAAAGUAAAUUGAAAGCCAAUUAGUAUAAUUGUCGGGUGCUAGAAAACAUAUGGGUAACACGACAGUGCAAUUUUAUUAAACUAUACACAAUAAACGUUAGCAACAGUCGAUAAUAAUUAGUAAAACUAGCGCGACUAGAAAGCUAUAUAAAUUAACGGCAACGAAACACGAAACGAAAACAUCGAAGAUGUACAUUCCAUACAUUUUUUUGGUAUAUAACUUUCGUUAGGCGACUGCAUUAUUUUAACUUCGUCAAUGAAUGGGAUAACGAAUAAACACCAAAAUGAAAUUAUGUAUGGGAAACGAUUUGUACAUUUUUCGGUUGGACAUUUUAAUUAAUAAUUUUACUUAUAUCAAUAUCGACGUGCGAUGCAUAGGUAGUGUUCAUUAUCUUUAGCUUACCUUUCGUGAGACGGGAACUUUUUGCGUAUAUAUCCAAGGAGUUUGUGUAUAUUUUUACUGUUCUGAUAGAAAUCGUACCAGGUUGUCUCCGAACUUUUCAAUUUCGGUCACUAAAUUGUGUUGAAACAAAUUUCGAUGAAUUAUAACAGGGUCAUGUCAACCACUAAGCUCCAAACGUUAACAAGUGCAGAAGAAAACUUUCUGGCAUCCUUAUCGACCAGAAAAUCCGUCAACAAUCGCAAAAACGCAUCGAAGCUGAAACUUGAAAAGUUCACAGGAUGUGUUUCAGUUGUCAGCACAUCAAUCCCUGGGACGACCACUCAAGAGACCAUUGCAUUAAAUAAAAAUCUAAACUCUAGUACGCCCCGUAAUAUUUCAAAUUCAAUGGCAACACAAAGUAUACCAACCGCAAUUGAUAAAAAAAACGAUAAAUUGGAAAAAUCCAAAAAGAGCACGUUACGCAGACAUGAUAUAACGAACAUCCAAGAGGAACAAACAAACUGCAGAUAUUGCAGCAAGCCUGUGUAUAAGAUGGAGGAAAUAAAGGCCGAAGGACAAAUUUACCACAAAGCAUGUUUCCGUUGUAACAAAUGCUCCAAACAACUCAAAGUUGACAACUAUCAGAGCCAUGAGGGCGUACUAUACUGUCUUGUGCACUUCAAAUUGAUUUUUGCCCCCAAAUUCGCCGAAUGCAACGAGACCGAAGAACCAUGCAAGCCCGAAUUAAUAAUACGUGAGAAUCAACCGGCAGAGCUACCAUCAGAUGUCUUUAGAGCUUCCGACAAACCAAACUUAGGGCUUGAAGAACUUCAGCAACUGAAUGUUCGCUCCCGAUUUCAUAUUUUCGAGAAAGCUGGGCACACCGAUAACAGACUUGUUAAUGUUGCAAUGAAUGGUGACGAUUUAAUACGCGGUGCCUCUAUAACGACUAAAAAAAAAAACCUCCAGGAACAAGGUUCACGCGUGAUUGAAGAAGAUUUUUCAAAUUUGGCUCGGGGUUCGAAAAACCAAGGUCAAGACAGAGUUCACGAGUCAGAUAUCAUUAACGAAAGUUUAACAGAUAACGAGAAGCGCAGGAACAUAAGAACAGAUUUAGAUGAUACAAUAAACGAUUUAAAAACACGCUUUGAAUUAGGGAAAGGCAUCUCGAAAGAAGAACGUCGCGAAGAACGAAAACAAGAAAUUCAGAACAUUCGCUCACGUUUGUUCAUGGGUAAACAAGCUCGCAUUAAAGAAAUGUAUCAACAAGCCGUAAUCGAAUCCGAACAUGGUAAAUUAUCAAGCAGAAGUAAGCCAGAUAUAUCUAUAGGCAUUGACGCUCGCUCCUUGAGAGAACGUUUUGAAAGAGGCGAAAUUCUUAAAGAAAAGUCAAUAGACGAAAGUGAUAGUCACAGUCACUCUAGGAAACCAGGAGCGACAUAUCACGAAGCCGACAUCUUUGAAUGCGCUAUAAGUAAAAAAUCGCGCAAAGUUUUUCUUGAAAUGGAUGCUGAUACGGUCGCUAAAAGAGAAACAGCAGCUGCCUCUGAUCAAAGUACAAAAAGGAGACCAUGUUUACCUAAUCUUUGCAAUAGCUCCGAACCGGAGGAGGGCAUAUCAACUUUCAAUACAAAGCAAAACAAUAUAGAUGUGAUAAAGUGCACGGAGAAGCCCGCAGAGGUAUUAGUUCAAACAUCAGAAAUAAGCAAAAAAUUUAAAUUCUUUGAAACAUAUCGCCCCGUUGAGAAUAAGAAACGCAUUUUUCGUAUUACUCCCCCCCGAGAAGGUGUCGUAAACUUGCCUUCGCCAGAAAUGGAAAGAAAAAUUUCCUUAACUAAACAAUCUCUAUCGGAAACUCAUGAUCUUGAACGAUCGCAUAUGACGUCUUUAAUGAUAACCAAAUUCAGAGAAUUAGAAAAUGGCUUACAACCACAUAUUCGCCACGGAUGUUUCCGAACAAUAAAACAUUUGACACCACCUAUCGAACAGAAGAGAAAGUGGGAUGCAGGAAGUGAUUAUGACACUGAUGAUGGCGUGGAUUACGUUAGCAGUGAAGAUAGUAAUGAAAAUGCUGAAGAUAGCGUUAUUUACCUAGAUCAUCAAAUCUUGCGCGAGGCUCAGACGACAACUCGUGCUAAACAACUUUGUGCAAGAUUUGAAAAUUGGCAAGUUGAUGAAAUUGACAGACGAGUAAACGAUGGACCCAUCAACGCUAACCCUAUAUUCGCGUCUGAGGAUAGAACAAGCGAAGGUACAAAAGUGCUUCGUGAACGGUUUGAAAAAUUAAAAAAUGGUGAAAACAAUCAGCCUGUUCGACCUCAUCAACAAGUGAACCGUUUUCUUCAACUCCAACGUUUAUGCAACGAUGACGGAAAACCAAUAAACUGGAACGCAACGCAGUACUAACCAAAUUUCUCGGUCAAAAUUCUUCCUUUUUGGCAUCUUCGUCCAGAAUUGUGGUUUGCGCAAGUGCGUGCAAUAGUUUCCAUUGGUAUUGAAGCACUGAUAAAAGAGCACGUAUGACGGAUAAAAUAGCAAAAGUUAACGAGCCACCUUAAAUCCGCUCUGUUGCAUCACAUGAACGCUUUAUCGCAUGUCAUAUUACUGGAUAUAUAUAUAUAUAGCGCUAUCGAAAACGAAGGUAAUGCAAUGCAGACGUUCAUGCCAAAAUGUAUGUUGAUAUCAUAAAAAUUCGGCUCUAAUGGCACACAGACUUUCGGGUACAAAAUUUUAAAUUGAUACAGGUGCUGAAAGCAGUCAUUCCACCUAUAAUUGCCUAGCAUAAAAAUAUAUCUAUAUGCUAGGUAAUGAAUCAAUUAUUGCGACUUAUGAGGAACCAACAUGAUUUCUGGAUUUUGGACUGAGGCGUAAAUUUACUUGGACUUUCAUCAUCGUGAAUGUCUCCCAACCCAUAACGUGAGUAAAUUUUUUGGAAAAGCAGUGAAGGCUUCCCGACAGUUUCAAACCUAGGCGAUUCCCGUGAGUAAACUUAAAUUCUCCUAAAAAACAGUCUCAAAUUUUGUGAGAUGCACGCAUCUGUCUGACAUCCAUGUAGUAUGGUACAAGGAAGAACGGCGGAAAACGUGCGGCGAUUACAGCCGUCUGACAUUCAUGUAGUAUGGUAAAAAGGAAGAACGAUUGGGAACGUGCGGCAGUUACAGAGGUUCUUAAAGCAUCACUGAACCGGGCCGGUAUCCACUACCUCAAAUCCACGAUUUUCGUCGCUGCACGAUUUUUUCAACAAUUGUUUACCGACGCACAUAUCAUCGCGUGAAGAAAUGCUUAAUAAAUUUUUUAACGCUUCAUAAACUUUGCAUACUACCUGAUGUCGACUUUGCUUCGGUUUAUUAAGACGAUGUUCUAAUAGCAUCGAAAAAUGAAGCAGAUUAUUGAACACUUUUAAAAAAAUCUUUCGAAAAAGGUGAGAACUGCUAACCUUUUAUUCAGAACGGGUAAAUUCAGCCAAACAAUACAAGAGUACACAUGAUAGGGGAUUAUUAGCCUCAUAUAAAGCAGUUAGCUAUUUGAAACAUAUUUUAGAAGGCCGACGGUAUUGUAUUUUUACAGACAAUAAACCGUUAAACAUCGUUUUCUCCAAAACAGAAAAAACUUGAUUGCGGAAAAUUCGUAAAUUGAAUUUUCCAUCGAUCCUCCACAUAUAUAUGAUAUUUGCCUGGUAAUCAAAAUGUCGUUGCUGAUUCAUUAUGAAGCAUUAAAGCAUUAUAUACCGAUAUUGUUAUCAAUUACAAUAUGUCAGUUUUCAGUGAAGAAAGCAAUGAAGCAUUCAAAAAAUUUUUAACUUGAUUAUUAUCUCUCAUAUUUAAGACUCUCUUAUUAUU